AUGGGAGACCAACUGGAAUCUAUUCUUCUGGAAUGUAAUGUGGACCCUGCCACGGCGGCGGGAAUUGUGGCAGCCGGGUGGACACCCGAUACCUUGGCCAUCUGCGCCAGCUCACCAGAUGAUUUGGAAUCUCAUUUAGAGGAAAUUGCAACUGGAGUUACUUUGACGUUUCAGCAGAAAGCUUGCUUGAAACUUGCGUGGCACAAGUGCCAAUCACCGUUGCAACAGAAGGCACCGGCUCAAUCGAGUGAUCCAAUUCAGGAUCAAUUGGCGCAGUUUAUAGAUGGCAGUUGGUCGGAAUCUUUUCCAGCCAAGAUAUCACAAGCAACAAUGACAGAACUGAAAAGCAAAUUCAGUAAGCAUUACCCCAGUGAGAUUCUCAGCUAUGAGACGAUGCCAAGCACUCGACUUAUCAGUCAGGCGUUCCACAACAAGCAGAAGGGCGACCAUCGAUGGAUUCCAUGGAAAUUUAGGCUGUCACAGGCCAGAGUGGAGGAUUUACAAUCCAACAGAUCCAGCAAAGUUCCUCGAUUGGAAGGGCUGCAGCUCCACAACCUAUUGUUGGAUGAACCACCAUCAGUGGAAGUCAACAACUCCAGCAUGGGCAUCAAUGCAGUUCGAACCAUGUUUGACAUGGCCAACACAGCAUUGGCUUUGGUGGAAUCGGCGCACUUGGCCAGCUUGAAAGCGUAUAGUAUCAAAUUCAUGUCUCACUUGACUCAGAGACUUGAUUCAGAAACGGGCCUACGAGCACCGACCAUUCUGGAAGCCCAAAGUGCAGAUAAGCAAUUGUGGCACAUCAUCGCAGAGCUCAUCAGCGAAAAAGGCUGGACCCUGGACCAAGCCUUGCAUGAAAUGACUCAUGUUCGUGGUGAUAUGGCAAUUCUUCUUCAAGCUCGACCUCGAUUGCCGAGAUCUACCCAACCUAUUAAAGGAGGCAAAGGCAUAUCACCACCACCAGCUCCGUCGGCACCCAAAGGGUCAGGCAAGAAAGGAAAGAAAGGAAGUUCAAAAUCUGGCAAACCGGGCGUGAAAUGGGUCACCGCAGAUUCGCCGGAUCAGCAACAGAUGAUGAAUGAGCAUUUUCAUAUUGAGGAGGGCACUUUGCCCAAAGCACCAACAGUGGAGGUACAAUCCAGCUAUGUCAUGGUCUACAGAUGCACACAAUUGCUUCAAGCGACGUAUGCUGCUGGAGGACAUGGCCAUUUAGAACAGCCACCAACAGCAAUGUCCUGGGAGGAAGAUUGUGCACAACAAUGGAUUCAGAGCGCAGCCUGUGCCAAGAAUGACUUAGCUGACACCCUAUCUCGAUUGACGCAGUAUGACAAUCUUCCAGCCGGCAUCCUUCCCGAGACAUCGAGGUUGGUCGCAUUUCUUGAACGUGCUGAGCAUGCUGAUAACGCGCCUGAUCCAACUCCGCCAGAUUCCAUUGUGCCCGAGCCAGUGGUCUCUGGCGUCGGUCCGCUGCUUGGAGUUGGUGAGGUGCAGUCAUCGGCUCAAGAUGCUGCUGCUGAUGGCCCACUGUGGGCCAACAAGAAGAGUGGCGUCGUGCAUAAGUGUUCGGCCGAGCCGUAUGCCACUGUCUGUGGGAGAUCGAUUGACGAGGGACGUUUUCAAUAUUUUGCAGAUGGUUGUUCUUCCAGUCGUGCACGUUGCAGUAGUUGUUUCAAGGGAGAGGUCAUCGCCUCUCGUGAAGGGAUGGUUAACAUCAUCGAUGCAGGCUUGAAGACGCGUGCUAGGCGGCAGUGA